AUGCUUUUUGGCGCGAUUGGCAUCAGAGCCGUGGCCUUUGCGGCGCUCGCUCCCGUAGCUCUGGCCGAUGAACCAAACUUGCUGCCCGUCGUCGACCCAGGCUAUGAGCUUUACCGCGCAGUCCAAUACAAUAAAGCUGGAGAUGAUUACACCUUCUCCAACAUCAGGAGGAUGAACAAUGGCACCCUUUGCCCGCCAUGCCCGCCAUGCCCUCAAGCCAGAACGACCUGGUUCGGCGGCAACCUCGCCGGCUUGCUCAAACACAGUUCCAACAACAGCAACAACACCCCCACCAAAUCCAUCAUCUCCACCCGCGGCAUCAUCUUCAUCACCCUCAUCUACUGCCUCGCCGCCUUCGGCUUCCUCCUUGCUGAGAACUCCACCGCCAACGCCGGCGGCCUCCACAACCAGCACCUCGCCCCUGCGCUGGAAACAAUCGCACAUCCACCUCGUCGUCGUCGUCGUCGUCGCCGGCGGCGGCGGCAGCGGCCCAAUCAUACAGCAGAUCACCGCAUCAUACACCAACCCCUCCUCCCACGCCCAAGGCGCCUACCCCAUCUCCCACGGCCUCCCGACGACGAGCCCGCGCGUCCCGCUCUUGGCGGAGGGUUCGUGCCGCCGAAGCUGGAGACGGAGGAGGAGCAGUUUGUGGGGGUGGGGUAUUUGAAGGCGGCGUUCGGAAGUGAUGGUGAGGAGGAGGGGAAGGAAAAGGGGGGCGGCGGCGGCAACGACACUGGUCUCGUUGACUUGGUUGCCGACGAGAUAUGUCCGCCUGUUUACAAUGGCUCCAACGCACUGGAUGCGUAUAUUCGGGAACAGGCGGCACUGCUCCUGAGUCGUGAGGUGCUCAUCGAUUGCAAUGCGUACGCGGCAUUGAAUGAUGCGUUUGCUUCUGCGAAGGAUGCAGAUGAUGAGCUGUCAUACGCUUAUCUUUUUGAUGUGCCGCCGGCGUCGCAUGGUCGGGAUCUGCCGUAUACCUUCUACGUUCCAGGUCAAAUCGGCUGA